AUGUUGCUUGCGCCGCUUGUCGAGAGCUUCUCGCUCGUCCUGGCAGGGCAGCUUCUCCUGCUCUCUGUGGUCGUGCUGACUGCCGGGUACUGUGCUUAUAACAAGUUUCUGCACCCACUACGGUCAUUCCCCGGCCCCUUCCUUGCAACCAUCACCCCCCUUGUUCAGCUCUACCAUGGACUCAACGGCGACCGUCAUCUCUGGCUCGCUGAGCUGCACGAAAAGUACGGAACCCAUGUCCGGGUAGCACCCAACUUUAUCUCCGUCAACACCGUACAGGGCCUCCAUGACAUCUAUGGUCAUGGCAAGAAGGUCAAGAAGUCGAACUUUUAUAACGCCUUCCCUGCAAUCAAGGGAGUGUACAAUACCCACAAUGUCAUCGACAAGACCAUCCACGGCCGAAAGAGACGCGUGCUCAGCCAGGCUUUCUCGGAACACGCUCUCAAGGGAAUGGAAGAGGUCAUGCUCACCAACGUCCGUCAGUUCUGUGAUAUCAUGGGCGGUGAUGCUGCCGGCCUGGCAUCCGAUAGAGUCAUCAACGAGAAGGGUGUUGCCGUGAGGAACAUGGCUGACUGGUUUGCUUACUUGACCUACGAUGUCAUGGGUGAGCUUUGCUUCGGAAAGAGUUUUGGCAUGUUGAUUGAGCGUGGAAGGAGAGAUGUCAUUGCUCUCGUCGACAGAGCGGCUUUCAGACACUAUGUUUGCGGUUUGUGGAUGCCCCUCGACAGCUGGAAACUGGACCAAAUCUUCAUCCGCAAGUUGACCAAUGACCGAUGGAACUUCAUCAAGAACUCCCGAGUCGAAGCAACCCAGCGUGCCAAAGAACGAACCAUGGCCGGCCAUGAGGCCAAGAAGGACUUCUUCUACUAUCUCCUCAAUGCCAAGGACCCAGAGACCGGCAAGGGGCUCGCUACUCCUGAGCUGUGGAGUGAGAGUAACGUCCUCAUGAUCGCGGGAACAGACACCACUUCCACCGGCCUCACAGCCACCAUCUUCUACCUCGUCCGCUACCCCAACGCAUUGGAAAAGCUCAAGAAGGAGAUCCGUGCCAACUUCACCGAUGUCGAAGAUAUCGUUACCGGCUCCAAACUCAAUGACAUGGUCUACCUCAAGGCCUGUAUCGAUGAAGCCAUGCGUCUCGCACCCGCCGUACCCGGAGCCAUCCCCCGUGAAGUGCUACCAGGCGGCAUCGAGGUCGACGGCGUCCACCUACCUGCCGGAACCGACUGCGGAACCCCAACCUACGCUAUCCACAGACACCCAGACUACUACCGUGAACCCUCAAAAUACAUCCCCGAACGCUGGAUCGAGGGCGCCAUGUGCCAGACCGACAGCGGAAUGUGGGUAUCCACCAAGGACUCCGUCGACAUUGCCCGACGUGCCUUCUGUCCGUUCUCCAUCGGCCCCCGCGGCUGUAUCGGAAAGAGUAUGGCUCUGAUGGAGAUGCGCCUCACCAUCGCUCGCAUGAUGUUCCUUUUCGACGUCGAGAUCGCUGACAGGACCGGUGAAGAUGCAAACGGCCACCUCGCCAUGGUAGACCACUUCACAAGUCAAAAGAACGGACCAAACAUCGUCAUCCGAAAACGUCAAUGA